UCGCGAACAUCUCGCUCGGCUCAUGCAUGUGUUUUCGAACGCCUCACGAGUUUUCACUCACUUUUCAGUUACCGAACGCAAAAACGUCACUUGACGUAUUUGGCGGCUGAAGUGAAAAAUUUUCGGACUUGAAUUUUUAAUAAUUUCAGUAUACAAAUUCUUGACCAACCAAAAUUGUGAUAAAGUGAAGUUAUUUGUGCAUGUACCGUUACAAAGUGGCUUUUCGGUAUUAGAAAUUUGACGUUUCCCUGUUGUGAGUCUGCGCUGCGACUGUAAACAUUGCGUAAAAAUUAUCGUGAAUUAAACUGUUUUGUUAUCGGCUCAAUACAUUUAGUGCCCGAUAAAUGUGCAGCCACUAAUCCGCGAGUGACCUUAAUCGAGUUACCAACAAGUUGUCGAAAAAUGACCUUCUAAAUGAAGGAGUCGUAUCCUGAGGAUAUUAUGCUUUGCUUUGUGCAAGGUUUCGGUGAUGGUGAGCAAUACAUCAAAGGUCGAGCAAUAGCGGAGUGCGAUGAGACAGAUUCUUGUCGAAAAUCGCCUAAGAAGAAGCAGCAAAACAAAAGAGUAUCGCUGCCCGUGAUCAGGAAUAAGUCUGAGGAGUUUAAAUCUAAGAAAUCAGACGGUGUAAUCACAGGGAAGUCUUUGCGGUUAUCUUCUGGUGACCAGCUGGCAAAUUUACCCGAAGUGAAGAGGAGCUUCAGUGAUCGCUUCGCGCUUGUAACCGAUGUGAGCGGGAAGAGGCCUGCGAGAGCUCUGUUGACCAUACGGAAGACUUGGUCAACCGGGAACUUCGCAGCGGGAGCGGCGGGUGGCGGGUGCGGGGCCCCGCGCUCCGCCCCCGCCACCCCGCUGCAACUCGAGCCUCACCCCCGCACCAAACAUGAUAAGUGA